AUAUUAAUCGAAAUUAAUUUCGCAUUACCACCUCUGUUGUUUUUGGAAAUGCGACCAUUUGUCUGACGGACAGCCUCGAAAACUAGUAGUAGUAUUAGUUAGUGGUAAUGUUGACACUGUAGCUGGUCCGACGGCCAAUUUAAAGCCAUCAUACUAGUGUAUAUAUAUGUAUGUGGCCAUCCCUCUUGGCCAUUUAUACACACUAAUUAACCCCAUUCGUAGUAUAUCAAAGAUAUGGCUUCUAAACCAGGCGUCCUCACUGAAUGGCCAUGGACACCUCUCGGAAGGUUCAAGUACAUAUUGUUGGCUCCAUGGGUGUUGGAUAGCAUGUCUCCGUUGUUCUUUGAAACAAAUGGCAGGAAAUGGGACUUGAGUUACUCCCUCAAUUUUCCUUUUCUCUUGUGGAGAGUAAUUCACAACCAAAUUUGGAUAAGCUUUUCUCGUUUUAGAACCUCCAAAUCCAAGAAUAGGAUACUCGACAAGCCUAUCGAGUUCGAACAAGUUGACAGAGAAAGCAACUGGGAUGAUAAUAUCAUAAUGCAAGGCCUGAUGUUUUAUAUGGGACAAAAAUAUCUGGAGGGUGCUUCAAACCUUCCCAUCUGGAGAACUGAUGGUAUUGUCAUAACAAUUCUACUUCACACCGGUCCUGUCGAGUUCCUCUACUAUUGGCUUCACAGAUCUUUGCAUCACCAUUUUCUCUACUCUCGCUACCAUUCCCACCAUCACUCCUCCAUUGCCACUGAACCCAUUACUUCUGUGAUACAUCCAUUCGGGGAGCACCUCAUGUAUUUCCUACUGUUUGCGAUACCAUUGUUAACAAUGCAUUUUACCGGGACUGCUUCGACAAUAGGUCUUGCUGGGUAUAUCACUUAUAUUGAUUUCAUGAACAAUAUGGGUCACUGCAACUUCGAAUUUGUACCUUCUUCUCUCUUCACAACCUUUCCAUUCCUCAAGUACAUCUUCUACACCCCAUCAUAUCAUUCACUUCAUCACACCCAAUUCCGAACAAAUUAUGCACUAUUUAUGCCGAUGUACGAUUACAUAUACAGUACAAUGGACAAGUCUAGUAACACUCUUUAUGAAACCUCGCUAAAAAGGACGGAGGAAUCACCGGAUGUUGUUCAUCUAACUCAUCCAACUACACCGGAUUCAAUCUACCAUCUACGGCUAGGAUUUGCCUCUUUAGCCUCAAAACCAUACAUGAAAAGUGCUGAUAAGUGGUAUUUCAUCAUCAAAUGGGUCCUAUGGCCAUUAACAUUUUUAUGGAGCAUACUGUUUCAAAGGAUGUUCAGUCGCACAUUUGUACUCGAAAGCAACACUUUUGAUGAUCACCAUGUAACUAAAAAGAUGCUCAGGAUACAAACAUGGGCAAUACCAAGAUAUUCUUAUCAAUACAAAAGGUUGUCACGGCAAAGAGGAACAAUAAACAGUUUGAUUGAGAAAGCCAUACUUGAUGCUGAUAAAGCUGGUGUUAAAGUCUUAAGCUUAGGCCUCUUUAAUCAGGGAGAAGAAAUGAACAGAAAUGGUGAGGUAUAUAUUCAAAAGAAUCCAACAUUGAAAAUUAAGAUUGUGGAUGGGAGUAGCUUAGCUGCAGCUAUCGUACUUAACAGCAUCACUAAUCUUAAGACGCAGCAGCAAGUAGUUGUUAUGAUGAGAGGGAAACUUACAAAGGUGGCUUGUUAUUUGGCUUUAGCUUUGUGCCAAAGAGGAGUUCAAGUUGUGGUUAAGUUACAGAAGAGUACCAAAGAUUUUGAGAAACUCAGCUCACGGUUUUUCAGCACCUCGUCAUCGUCACAGGCGUCGUUAUUGGCAAAAAAUAAUUUGAUUCCCUCCAAAAAUUAUAACAAUGUUCAUGGCAACCGUCAGGUUUGGUUAGUGGACGAUGAAUUUAGCAGCGAGGAGCAUAUGAGUGCACCAAAAGAAACCAUCUUCAUUCCAUAUUCACAGAUCCCUCCUUGGUUAAAUUUCAAGAAGAACACAAAAGGAGCUGCUAAUAUUCUUCGCAAGGAUUGUAUUUACUAUAGUACCCCAGCCAUGAUAAUCCCUUCAUUUCUCGAGAACGUGCACUCUUGCGAGAACUGGUUGCCAAGAAUGGUAAUGAGCGCCUGGAGAAUAGCAGGAAUGUUACACGCACUGGAGGAUUGGGAAGGACAUGAAUGUGGGAACUGGUUGAUCACGGAGGAUGAUGGCAUGAUUGAUAAAGUAUGGUCGGCUAGUUUACGCCAUGGUUUCCGCCCUUAUUAUUUGCCCGUAUCUUGCACCAGCACUAUCAUCUCUGCUUAAUUAGUCGCCUAAUCAGCUAUAUCUCUUGUUAUCAAUUAUGUUCAGGAUUAUGAUUGUGGGAUAUUAUCUGUGGUUCUUCUACUUUCUUACUAUCCCUUUUUGUGAUGUAAGUAAACUUCUAAAUAAUAAUACAUGGAACUGAGAAUAUUUAUUAAUUGAUUAA